GUGAACUUCUACUUGGCUGCCGCGUUAGGUGACGAGGCGUCCGACCUCCCGGAGAUGAUCGCGGCUUUGGCCGACCACGAGUUUCGCCUCAGUCGGGAGGCUGCAGCAGUGGCAGUCCUCGAGGAAGAAGCGAAUUCCAUCAGGGAGGAGGCCCGGGCCUACGAGCGCGAGCUCGAGCGGCGCCGGGGAGACCGUGCAGCCACGCAGAGGCGCUAUCGGCGGCUGAAGCAGCGAGAGGCGUGGAAUGUUGCGAACGCAAUGAUUGAGCUGCAGCUGGCACAG